GAAGUUGUCGGGAGUUUUGAAGUAGUUCCUGUUUUGCAUGUGAGAAACCGAAGUGUUUGCAUGAGGAAACGUGUGGUUUGGGAACAGUCAGUCUGUUAGGACCAGAAGCCAAGCCAGACAUGGAUUCAACUGGUUAUGAAAUAUCUCACUAGAAACGCCUUCUGAAACCAAGUCCUCUCUGGACCGAAAUAGGGGAAGCUAGAGUUGCCUCAGGGAGCAGCCUGCGCACCUUCCUAUGAGACCACGGAAAUGAGCCUCGUGACGUGGCCCCUGCCAACGCAUCCUACACUCUUCCUGACUGCAGGGCCCUGUCCUCCCAUCCCCAGGACAAGGACAAAGCAGACGGUGAGAUGCUGGCCAUGUCGUCCAAUGCCACCACCCUCCUGGGCCUCAUGCUCUGCCUGGGCCAGGUGAUCCACAUGCAGCACGGGCUCCUGCCCAGACCCUCCAUCAGAGCCGAGCCAGGCCCUGUGGUCCCCCGGGGGCGGCCUGUGACCGUCCUGUGCCAGGGCCCUGCUGGGGCUGACAUAUUCCGCGUGGAGAAGAAUGAGCAUAGAUCUACAUACACGGAUCACAAAAUCACGUCUCAACAGGGAUCACCGGGAACGGAGGCCCGAUUCCCCAUCCGCGCAGAGGCCCCGGUGAAGUCACUCCCCUGCCCACAGAAGUGGGCUCCCAGACAGCCCCUGCUUCCCAGAAUUACAUGGCGGGGAACUGUAUCCAUAUCGGCCUGGCCGGUGUGGUCUUGCUGAUCCUGGUGUCGAUUCUGGAAGAAGUUGGGCACAGCCAGUGCACGUCCCCACACAGAACUCAGGAGGGUACGAACCGGAGAGAUUAGACCCCAGCGUCCCAGGAGGGACCUCCCCUGGGCUCCAAGACUCACAUCUGUCACCCGCCUUACCCAGGGGCUCAAAUUGCACCUGCCUUGGGCCUCCUUGCACCCCACUUCUUCCCUUCCAGGAAUGGUCUCUGCCUUCCUUGAUCUGUGGUCUCCUCAGGUCCCCAGUGUCUUGGAUCAGAAGUCCAGGGAAGGAAACACAAACCAAAGCCACAGUGAGAUAUCACCUCACACUCAUCAGGAUAAAUGUGAUUUAAAAAAUAAUAAUAAAUUAAGGGGAAAAUAGCAGGUGUGGCAAGGAAGUGGAGAAGCUAGAACCUGUGUGCCCUGCUGGUGGGACUGCACGAUGGUGCAGCCACCGGAAGGUGAUGUGGCAGCUCCUGAAAACCUGCGCCCAGAAUCACCACACAACUCAGCGAAGGAAUGGCCCACACUCAAAGAAAUGACAGCUGAACCUUAGACGUCUGUGCUCUCACGCCCACAGCAGCAGUAUUCAUGAUAGCCAGUGUCAUCACCAGGCUCCUCAAACGUGGGGACGGAAGCAGAUGAUCAGUGUCAGAGUGAUGCCACCUGGGAAGGACAGCCCGGCAGGGGUGGCUUUGAGGACAGAGGAAGGGGCCACAUGUCACGGAAUGCGGGGCCUCUAUACACUGGAAAGACAAGGAACGGACUCUCCCCUGGAGUCCCCAGGAAGGAACGCAGCCCUGCACACACCUGGAUUUCAGCCCAGUGAGGCCCAGUUUGGUCUCUGACCUCCAGAACCGUAAGAUAAUAAAGCAUGUUGGGAUCCAUCCUACUUGCGCUAAUUUGUCACAGCAGAGCAAGGAGUCUCAUACGCCUGGCAUCUAACACUGGUCUCAUGAGGCCCCCAAGCUUCUGGAAACUGGUUCGGGGGCCGACUCUGACCCCAUCCCCUGACGUCUCCUCAAACCU